GUUUAUGACUGCACGAUCAAACGCUUGCGCACCUUUGUACCGCGCGCGCGCACAUAUUGCGCAUGCGCAGAACCGAUCGUGCCGGCAGCACGGGACACAAGCAACAGCUACUCUGAGUCUGUGCGCACGUGCCUCAGCGGUGAGAGGAGAAAAGAAAAAAAAAGAUGAAGUUUGCGCUAGUGAGCUGGUCAAAGGGGAAGGAUAAAGAUGCUCUCAGUAUAGUCCCCGUAAAUUGGAUCGUAGACUUCGAUCCUGAAAACUCUAAAAAGGAGUAUCUUAUCGAGUGCCGCUGCAUCGGUGGCAAGAGGCCUACUAAUGGGUGGACGGUUGAAACAGCACACAUUUUGCAGCUGGCAGAAAAUGAGUCUACACUUAAGACUGCUGAGCAGAAACUCUUGCAAGAGGACCUACCAAAAAGCAAGAAGAGAAAGAGGGUACCCAACAAACUUUACCUUGACACACAGGAGGUAGAACAAGUUGCAAAAAAGAAAAACUACAGACUCAUAGCUGCAAGACAGUCUGAAUUAGAGGUUCUUCGCCAAGAAGAACCUAACCUCAGCCCAGUGGGGACUUCUUUAGAGGCACUUGAGGAGGAGAUCAGGGCCCUCAGGGAAGAGAAUAAAAGACUGCAGGACCAGCAGAGUGUAGGAUCGUCUGCAGCCAGUAAAGAUCUUGAGACCCAAGUCAAGGCUUUACAUAAGGAGAACACCAGGCUGUGCAAAAUGGCAGUCAAAGAAAUUCCAUCACUCUUAGCAGCUGUGAGGACCCUCAUUUCGGACAAGAUCACAGAGAGCUCAAGCAAUGGAGAUGAAACCGAAUAUGAGGCCAGUGUUGCUCUACCAUCACCUCCUCAACCCACACCUCCCAAACCAACAUCAGUGCCACUAGGGAAUGAUGACUCCACCAGAGUGUCUGCCCAUUGUUGGGAGACUGCAAAAGCACAACCUACAGCGAAAGCAAUGGCCCGCACCCUCCUGUUGGGCCUGUUCAGCAUUGAUGUCCUACUGAAGUCCAACCUGACGGGAGGGGUCAACAAGGUCGAUCCAUCUGCAGAGAGACGCCAGCCUCUGGACCCCAAGAAGCUUACAGCUUUACUCAAUGCAGUUGUUCAGCAACACCCAGGGGCGAAGAUUCCAGACAUACGAACGGCCAUAAACAAAAAGAUCUGUGAGUUAAGACACCAGGAGAAGAAAAAGUCCAUGGACAACUGAAGGACUAUCAGAGUGGGUCUUGAUACAGUAUGUUACUAUGCGGGAUCCAUAACACUGAACUAAAGGAUUGUCAUGUUUUUUCCACUGAGGGAUUGUUCUGUUUUUGUUGCACUGAAGACUGAUUUAUUUUAUUACAAUGAAGAACAGUUGUCCUUUAGGAAAUGUUUUAAUAAUUCUUUUAAGUAUUUUUGUUCAUUUAUAGUUGUUGUUGUUGCCAUCUAUUGGAUCACAUGAUAUUUUUAUGUGAUCCAAUAGAUGGCAACAUGUUUAAAAAAAGAAAAAAAAAGAUUUUAUUGCCUUGGUGACAUGCCUUUCAUUCUGUUUGUUCUCAGGUCACUGU